AUGGCGAGAGUGGCUUGGACCCCGGAAGAAACUGCAAUCGCUAUAGUCUUCGACAUGUGGGGCAUCGAUCAUGAAUUGAUUGCCAGGCUCAUCACGGAGCGAUGGUCUAUACUCAUGGGCGUGAGUCCAAAUGACUCCGUAUCCCAGUAUGGGCGGACUACAAAAGCCUUAGAAGCCCGACUAGAGCGCAUUCGAUUACGAAGCCCCGUGCUCUGGGAUGGGCAGGAAUGGAAUCCAGAUGCUGUUAGCGAAUUCCUCUUCUCCACAGCCGAUAAUGACCUUGUUUUGAAUUUAUUGGCACUAUCGGCGGCCGAUGCUCAUAGGAUAGCCCAGGAUCCAAGCGUCACCCUUGGUGCUUUCAGCAGUUUGACUAGCCAAGCAGAUUCUAGCACCAGACAUUGAAUACUCUCCUGACCUUAACAGUAAUCAUUAGUGGUGAGGGGUGGGAAGUUGAAGGAUAGGCGGCCAUUAUCUACUUCGCAUCUGAAGGUGUUCCGCUUAACUCUAUUGUUGCUAUCCUCCACCAAAGAAACUUCCUUUG